GAGAAUGUCCACAUGUACGAGAUGGCUUUUGAGCAGCAGUACCACUUUGGCAUUUUCUAUGCCUGGGUGAAGCUGCGGGAGCAGGAGAUCCGAAACAUUAGGUGGAUCGCGAACAUGGUUGUCCUCAACACGAAGGACCACAUCGACGACACCAUCGUUCCAAUCUUCCAACCGAGGGUGUAA